ACUGUAGCGGCCACUCUGACUCACUGAUCCGCGCACAGAACGACAAAAGCCGCCGCUGUGUCUGCGGACAACUCCGAAAUGUAGAGAACUUUGACUCAAACAAGCGAGGGAUUACAACGGGAACCGAAAAAGGAGGUGAAAAGCGGCAUGGACUCAAGACGCAGAAGCGUCGUGAUGGACCAGCUUGUGAGUGAGCUCAGCGGUCUGCUGAAGAUGCUUGAUCGUGAGACGGUCAGUCCAGCCACUGCUGAGAAGAUGGCCUCCAUACGGAACAUUCUGGAUUCACUGCAGCUAUCAGUGAAUGGAUCAGAUGUCUACAUGAACAGCUGUCUCUAUGGAAACGGCACCAGCUUUGUAGAGUCUCUGUUUGAAGAUUUUGAUUGUAAUUUGCACAUGCUCAGUGCGUCACCGGUGGAGCAGAAAGAACAUAAAGAUGAAGAGGAGAAUAAUCAUGUCAAUAAAUCUACACCAACUGAUACCCCCCCUCCUCUGCCAACCACCCCGCUUCCUGAUGACUAUUAUGAAGAAGCUGUUCCUCUAGAUCCUGGAUCCAGUCCGCAGUACUUCACCACCACGGUGAACUCUUCCAGGAACUCUGUGGAGGACGCCUACUAUGAAGACGCCGAUAAGAACUACCCAACCACCAGGAUUAAUGGACCUCCUAAAAAUUCCAACAACGACUCAGAUGCUCUGAGCAGCUCCUAUGAGUCUUACGAGGAGGAGGAGGAGGAGCCUAAGGGGCAGGACUUGUCCCAAAAGUGGACAUCCGAGCAAAACAUGGACGGGCCGGUGAAAGAAUGCCACAUCUGUGCCUUCCUGCUGCGGAAAAAACGCUUCGGCCAGUGGGCUAAACAACUUGUAGUUAUUAGAGACAAUAAACUCCAGUGCUAUAAGAGCAUCAAGGACACGUCUCCCCACACAGAGCUCCCUCUGAAUCUCUGUAACGUCAUAUACGUCCCGAAGGAAGGCAAGAAAAAAAGGCACGAGCUGCGCUUCUCGCUACCUGGAGGUGACGCUCUUGUGCUGGCAGUUCAGAGUAAAGAACAGGCCCAGCGAUGGCUUAAGGUCGUCCAUGAUGUUGGGAUUCAGUUCAACCACUCGGAAGGACCCAAUGGAUCCACGUCUCCAAUCAUACAGAGAAAGCUGGAGCUCGAUAAGAUGCUGCAGUCAGACAAACAGGCAUCAGACUCGGACAGCGGGCCAACAGCAGACAGUCAGUCUACUGGACACAGACCAGGCCGGGACACCACUGACUCACUCAGCAGAGGGAAGCGUGGUGCCUUCUCCGAGCUGACGGGGUCGAUGAGCCGAGCAGCCGGCAAGAAAAUCAAUCGGAUCAUCACCUUUUCCAAAAAGAAGAAUGCUUUGCCGGGAGAGGCUCCCUUAUCUUCAGGCAGUGCUGACAACCCCCGCUGUGGCCAUCUCAGCGUUUGCCUCAGUGGCGCCUGGAAGGAGCGGUGGUGCGUGCUGCGAGGGGGGAACCUGUACCUGCAGAAGGACCCCGCAGAUCAGCGGCCCCCAGUCAUCGUGGUGCCGCUCAAGAGGGCGGAGGUGGUGCCAGGCGGACUCGGACCCAAACAUCCCUUCUCUUUCCGCAUCAUGCAGGGAGGAAAUGAACUGGCAUCUUUAGAGGCCAGCUGCUCUGAAGAUCUUGGCCGCUGGUUGGGUAUUCUCUUCGCAGAGACGGGCAGCCCUGCUCUUCCUGUUGAGUUACACUACGACUACAUUGAUGUGGACACGCUCACAGAUAUCCGGCACGCUGCCAGACAGUCUUUCUUGUGGGCAACAACCACAUGCAUAGACUCCAGAACUUACGACGAAGUUUAUGAAAGUAUUGAGGAUGAGGAUGCUGAAGGCAAAUCGAGCCAAGUGAGACGUCACGCAUCCUUCUCCAGCCGGGACUCCGAGAGGACUGAGCAGCAGGCUACCAUUAAGAGACACACCUCCAAUGUCGUUCAGUAUGGACGCUAUGGAAAGACGCGCGCAGAAGAGGAUGCUAAACGAUACCUGAGACAAAAAGAAGAGCUAGAGAAGCAAAAACAGGAGCUCCGAAACACACUGAUCUCCCUCCGCAAGGAGAAAAAGGUGUUGAAGGAGGAGGUGAAGAGUGGACCAGGUCACGAUGCAGAAAAGCGGUUAGCUCAGCUGGAGACUCUGUGCAAAGAUAAAGAGGAGGAGAGGGUGGAGCUGGAGCUCAGACUGACCGAAGUCAAAGAAAACCUGAAGAAAUCUCUGGCAAGAGGAGCGCUGGCUCCUCCGAAUAAUAAAGAUAAUUGCCCAAAGGCGUCGGGAAACAACAAGGAAAAAGUUUACAGUGAAUCUGUGCCUGUUAACGCUGCGUCUGAGCUCCGCAAACGCCCGCCAUCUUUUUACGCCUCCUCUAAGGGGAGUGUCAUGCAGAAGGCAAAGGAGUGGGAGUCGAAGAAGGGGACCUAAACUGAACAGACUGUCAGAAAAGAAAGAACAAAGAACAGCGAGAGGAUGUGAACACGAAAGGCCAAGAAAAACCAUACAGACACUAAAGAGAAAAAGAAAGGACGAUAAAAAAAAGGUUUUAAGAAAGCAUCCCAGCACUGUAAAUAUGACAGUGAUUUUCCAUUUCAGUAUUGAAGUAAACCACUAUAAAGAAAAAACAUUUUAUGUGUGUUUACAGUUUACAGUAAAGUCCUGCAAAGAUGCUUACAAAAACUCAAGAGUUACAGGAAUAUUCCAACCUUUAUCUUUACACAAAACUUAAAACGUUAAAGUUUUUUUUCCUCCAAAGAUUAAAAUGCUUUAUAUCUAAAAUGAUCAUUUUUGAACCAAAAGUGUCUCAAAUUUGAGUUGUUCUAAAACAUGUUUAUUGUGUCAAUGUGAAGUGGUUGGUUUAAACCAUCAUUUGGGUAUUUUUACUUAUUUAACUUUUGCACUUUAUCUUUUUUGUAUUUUUUGAUUGUAUAAAUGUUAUGAAGAUUAUUUAUUCUCCCUAGAAAACCUUCUGUCAUCUGAGUUUUCUUACUUGUUACUGCAAUUAGAACAUAAAAGGGGGAGUAAAUAAAUUAUCACUAUUUUAAGAA